AUGCGUACCUCCCCCAUACCCUUCCCCCCCACCGAAAAAGUCUUCAUCCUCUCUCUCAGCACCCUCCACAACAUCCGGCUUAACCACCGCACUAGCCGCAACACCUGGCCGCAAAUCAUCUUCGCCGUCGAAAUCGAAGCUCUUCUCCACUACCCCGGUGGAGAGCACUUCGAUACCGAUCCUUGGCACGCAAGAAUCUAUACCGCCAUCUCUCUCAGAAAAUACGUCGAGCGCUGGAUGCUCGAGGUGAAAAGAGAUGAGAUAGCGAGGUUGAGGGCGGAGGGGGGGAGAACGCUGAUGGAGAUUAUCGAGGAACAUAUUCAGUCGGGAGAGUGUGUGAGGACGAAUAUUUGGGGCUGGGUGAUGGAGCCUGGAUGGGUGUAG